AUUUUAAAUUCUAGGGUAUAAAAGAUGGCAAGUCCAGAUAGAAGUAAGCGGAAGAUACUAAAAGCCAAAAAAACAAUGCCUGCGAGUUGCCGGAAGCAAGUAGAGAUCCUGAAUAAGUCAAAGAAUGCCGAAGCACUGAAAACAGCAACUGGGAAUAAUGUGUCAAGUGGUAAUCAGAAUUCAAGUACUGGUGUCAUAAAUAGCAAAUAUGGACAUUCUGAAAAUGAUGCUUCCUUAUUGGACUCUAACAAAAAUUCAGUAUGCUCAGAGAAAAGUAAAGCAUUUUCUCAGAAUGUAAUGAAACCACUAGAAAUUGUUGAUUCAGAAACAAGAUUGGAAUACAUUGAAGAACAAGUUGUGUGCCCUUACCAAAAGCCAAGCAAAACAAUAGAAUUUUCCAGGAAACUCUUUACACAAGAGGCAAAGGAUUCACAGAACACUUCUGAAAACCAUAUUGAAUGUCAGACAGAUAUAACAAGAUCCUAUUUUGAACAACAUGAAGAAGAUUGUAAUCUGAAAUCCAUUUGUUGUCCAUCCAAUGUAUUGCCUGGUAUGGUUCAAAUGCCAAAAACUACAGUAAACAAUACCUUGGAUGAUAAGAGAAUCGACAAGAUAGUUUCUUAUUUAGAAACAAACUCCAAUUCUGAGUCAUGUGAUAAAAGACAAGGUGACAUUUUAAUUUUAAGUUCAGAUACCCGUUUUCUGCCUGUUGAUAAAAUACCUAAGUUGGUGAAUUCAGUCAUUUCCAGUAACUGUGCUACUGAAAUUUUGAAAAGUGAAGAAUCUUGUAGAACCUGUCAUUCCAGCAUUUCAAAUUUUGAAAGUAUAGACUCAACACGGCUGUCAGCACUUGACACUGAUAGUAAUAACAGCCAUAAUCAAAAGAAGAGGAUGUUUUCAGAAAACAAAGAAAAUGUUAAGCGCAUGAAAACUUCAGAGCAAAUUAAUGAAAAUAUUUGUGUAGCCCUGGAAAAGCAAACAGCAUUGCUGGAACAGGUCAAACAUUUGAUUCAACAGGAGAUCUAUAGUAUAAAUUACAAACUGUUUGAUAAUAAGCUGAAAGAAUUGACCGAACGCAUUGGGAAGACACAGUGCAGGAAUAAACAUGAAGCGAUAGCUGAUGAACUCUUCGCAAAAAUAUCAAAACUUCAAAGACGUAUUAAAGCAGUAUUGCAAUCUCAAAAGAAUUGCUUGGAACCAAAUGUAUUAACCAGUAAAACAGCCUGUAAGGUUACAAAUUCAGAGACCAUGAAUUUGGAUAAGAAUCCAGAGUCAGUCAGUAUUCCAGAUGAAGGAAAGACUUCUGUGAGCUCUGAACCUUCUAACCCUUCAGAAAAAGCAAGUGAAAAGCUUAAUUUAUCACGGGAUCAUGAUGAGGCUGUUUCAGAAAGUAACAAUGAUGAUGUUACGUUGAUUUCUGUGGAAAGUCCUAAUUUGACAACUCCAAUUACAUCAAAUCCAACAGAUACUGGAAAAACUACAUCAGGAAAUUCCAACAAUUCUAAUAAUUCACCUGGUGCUGAAACAGAAGUUACGAAGAAGAAAUGUGAUUCUGUGAUUGAUCUGACCAAAGAAGCCCUAUCAAACUGCAGCACAGAAAGUUCAGCAUCCUCCAUCAAGUCACCUACAAACACUGCUUUGAUCUCAAAAGAGACAACCCCAGUGGCACAAAAUGCAGCCCAGGUUCUUGAGUCCUUUGAACACUUGCCACCUCUCCCAGAGCCACCACCACUACUACCUGAACUGGUAGACAAAAUCCGAGACACACUUCCUCCCCAGAAGCCUGAGCUCAAAGUGAAACGGGUGCUGAGACCCAGGGGCAUUGCCCUGACUUGGAACAUCACCAAAAUCAAUCCCAAGUGCGCUCCCGUGGAAAGCUAUCACCUCUUCCUCUGCCAUGAGAACCCGAACAAUAAGUUGAUUUGGAAAAAAAUUGGAGAAAUUAAAGCUUUGCCACUCCCAAUGGCCUGUACUUUAUCUCAAUUUUUAGCUUCCAACAAAUACUAUUUUACUGUCCGAUCAAAAGACAUUUUUGGGCGAUAUGGACCAUUUUGUGACAUAAAAUCUAUCCCUGGGUUUUCUGAAAAUCUUACCUAA